CGAGGGCUGAUGGGCACAGCAGUCUUCUCUGCAACAAGGGGGGGUUGCCCUGCCUGAUUCCUCCCCCCCCAUCUUUUUCUCGGCAGAUCCGACGUGGUGGUGCUCUGCUUCUCCUUGGCCAACCCCAACUCACUGCGGCAUGUGAAGACCAUGUGGUACCCAGAAAUCAAGCACUUCUGCCCGCGUACCCCCAUCGUGCUGGUGGGCUGCCAGCUGGACCUGCGCUAUGCAGACCUUGAGGCAGUGAACCGGGCGCGUCGCCCCUUGGCCAAGCCCAUUAAACCUUCAGACAUUCUGCCCCCCGAAUGUGGGCAUGAGGUAGCCAAGGAGCUGGGCAUCCCCUACUACGAGACAAGUGUGGUAGCCCAGUUUGGCAUCAAGGACGUCUUCGACAAUGCGAUUCGGGCUGCCCUCAUUUCCCGCCGCCACCUCCAGUUCUGGAAAUCUCACCUCAAGAAGACGCAGCGACCUCUGCUGCAAGCCCCUUUCCUGCCUCCCAAGCCUCCCCCGCCCAUCAUCCACAUCCCCGAGCCAGCUGCCGGAGAAGGUCGGGGGCCCAGCAUGCUCUUCCACCAGCCACUUUGCGCCGAUGUUGUUUUCCGCCUGCUAGGAGGCCACCAGCUCUUUGCCCACAGGGUCUACCUGGCCACGUCCUGCUCCCGAUUCUAUGACCUCUUCGUGCUAGAACUGGGGGACGAGCCGGCUGGCGGGAAGGAGCUGGCCGGGAGGACGAAGAGCUUGGACGCGGCUGACCGAGGAUGCCUGGCGGCAGCCACGCAAGCCAUGCCACUGCGGCCCUCGCAGAGUGAUGAGCCACUGUGCGCUGCUCGGGCGCCCCGCCCAGUCUCUGGCUGGGGCCGGGGCUUCGUCGACGUGCGGCAGGAGAGGGUGCGGGACCCGGUCACUCAGCAGGAGAAGCUGAUGACGGCCGUGCACCUGGACGGACUGGUGCAGCUGGGCCCUUUCGAGGUGGUGCUGGAAUACCUGUACACCGGGCGCCUGGAACAGCACCGGGCCAGUCUCAUGCAGGUGGCCGCCAUCGCCGAGCUGCUGGAGGUGUUUGACUUGCGCAUGAUGGUGGCCAACAUCCUCAACAAAGAGAGCUUCAUGAACCGUGAGAUUACCAAGGCCUUCCAUGUGCGCCGGGCCAACCGGAUCAAGGAGUGCCUGAGCAAAGGCUCCUUUGCAGAUGUGGUGUUUGUGGUUGACGAUGGCUCGGUGCCGGCGCACAAGCCCCUUCUGCUUGCAGGCUGUGACUUCAUGGUGGCCAUGUUUGGUGGAACCUUCCGGGAGAGCUGUGCUGCCGAGGUCUCCCUGCCAGGCACCAACUGUGCCUGCCUUCGGGCUGUGCUGGAGUUCCUGUACACGGACCUCUUUGUCCCCAGCCCAGACCUGGAUGCCAUGGAGCUGCUGGUGCUCACCAACCGCCUCUGUCUGACCCGCUUGCAGGCCCUGACUGAGCAGUACGCGGUGGAUGAGCUGGUGCGUGCCAGCCUGCAGCAGGUGGAAAUUGAUGCCCAGGUGAUCCUCUACCUGGAAAUGACCCAGUUCCACAAUGCCCUGCAGCUGGCGGCCUGGUGCCUUCACUACAUCUGCACCAACUACAAUAGCGUCUGCCGCCGGUUUCCCCGCGAGAUGAAGGCCAUGUCCGCUGAGAAUAAGGCCUACUUUGAGAACCACCGCUGGCCGCCGGUCUGGUACCUGAAGGAGGAGGACCGCUACCUGCGCACGCAGAAGGAGCGAGCACAGGAGGAGGAGGCCCUCCGGAAGCAGCACCCGCGCAGCAAGUGGUGCUUCUGGCGCCCCCACCCGGCCAGCCACAUCUCCUGAGCAGAUGGCUGCGCCCCACCCGUGGGGGGGCUGCCCUGCUGGUGCCUUUGCUGGGGAGGGGGCACCUCUGCCUUGUUUACAAGCUGCCUUUCCACCCCCAGCUCUGUGCCUCUUGCUGUUGCUGCCAUGCCUUUACCUGGGGGGCAGGGGGCCAAGCCAGCACACUCAGUUGCUACCUCUGACCUUGGCAGUAUUCUAGGGAUGGGGGGGAGGUGGCUGUGCAGGUGACUGAGGAAGAGGAGGGGGAUUUGUGGUGUGACUAUGUGCUGUGGAAGGGGAUUGGUGGGAGGAUUUUGGGAGGUGGGGUGGGUGCAUGAGGGGAGGAACCACAGGCCCUGCUGGGGGGCAACUAGCCGCAGAGAGAGCUUCCUCCUCCAUGCUUGUGUGAGAGCAGCAGCGCGGAGAGGCUUUGUGGCUGUGCCUUGGACACAAGACGGGCCUCUUCCCAGAAUCAGCCCUUUCUUGGGGUGGGGUAAAGGGGUGGGGAACACCUGCUGUUCCCUCUUCCCCCCUCCCGCCUGGUGCAUUGAGGGAAAUCGCUGCCAAUGUAUUUUAGCAAAAGGAGGGCCCCCUGCAAAACUGCAGUUUUUAAGCCUUUUUUCACUUUUUUCUACCCGUUCCAUUUUUUCUCAAGACCUCAGCCAAGCACAAAGCGACCCGGGGUGGGCCGGUGCAACCUUCCCCGGACCGAAGGGCUCUGAUGCCCACAGGUCCCUUGUGGCCUGCGUGCAUCUAUGUAACCACUGUGAGCUGGGCUAGCCCGUUUCUUACACACUUCAGUAUUGGACUGUUUGGAAUCUUUAAUAAAGAGCCUUUUGUAUCGUGUA